AUGAACAAUUCCCUGGAUUAUCUAGCCUACCCUGUAAUUGUUUCUAAUCACAGACAGAGCACAACCUUCAGAAAAAAACUGGACUUUGGCCACUAUAUAUUUCACAAGAAUAGAAUACAAAUAGUGAAGCCUACUGUUGAUACCAAACCACCAGUGACGCGCACACAUCACAUUUUAAAACUGAGCAAACUACAGGGUGAACAAAAGCGAAUCGACAAAAUCGAAUAUGAAAACAAGCAACUGUGUCAGAAAAUCGCAAAUGCCCAUCGUGGCCCUGCCAAGGUGGAUUGCUGGAAUGAAUAUUUUUCCAAGAGCUUAAACAGAGAAACAAGGAACCGGGAACUAGUGAGAAUCACCGUGGAAAACCAGGGCAUUCUGAAGAGGCUUGGUGAUCGCAAACCCCACUAUGACCGCAGGUUGUCCGAGAUGGACUGGCAGAAUUCAAGGCGCUAUAUCAAAAAUACAACAAGAUAUCUUCUCUCCCAAGAUGAAUAG